CCAUCUUGCGCGCCAUGCCCAACCUGGGCAUCACCUACGCCAACAAGGAUCGGGAGAGCGACGGCAAGAUGGUGUUCGACGUGAUUCAGCGUAUGGAGGACACGGAGCCUUUCAGCGAGGAGUUGCUGGCGGCGAUGAAGCGGCUGUGGGCUGAUGCCGGGGUGCAGGAGUGCUUCGGCCGCUCCAACGAGUACCAGCUCAACGACUCUGCUAAAUACUUCCUCGACGACUUGGACCGGUUAGGCGCCAGGGACUACCAGCCCACCGAGCAGGACAUCCUCAGGACCAGGGUCAAAACCACCGGAAUCGUUGAAGUUCAUUUCUCCUUCAAAAAUCUUAAUUUCAAAUUGUUCGACGUGGGCGGGCAGCGGUCCGAGAGAAAGAAAUGGAUCCACUGCUUCGAGGACGUGACCGCGAUCAUAUUCUGUGUGGCCAUGUCCGAGUACGACCAGGUGCUGCAUGAAGAUGAGACGACGAACCGUAUGCAGGAGAGUUUGAAGCUGUUCGACUCUAUCUGCAACAACAAGUGGUUCACGGACACCAGCAUCAUCUUGUUCCUCAACAAGAAGGAUCUCUUCGAGGAGAAGAUACGCAAGUCGCCGCUCACCAUCUGCUUCCCGGAGUACUCGGGAGCUCAGGAGUACGGCGAGGCGGCGGCGUACAUCCAGGCGCAGUUCGAGGCCAAGAACAAGUCCACCACGAAGGAGAUCUACUGCCACAUGACGUGCGCCACCGACACCAACAACAUACAGUUCGUGUUCGACGCCGUCACUGACGUCAUCAUCGCCAACAACCUGCGCGGCUGCGGCCUCUACUAGACCUCACACCUCACACCUCACACGCCUCACACCUCACACCCGCAGGGGCUAUUCCAACCUCACACGACAUCACACAAAUCUUGUGUAUCUUGCUUCCUAAUGCCGUUCUAUCUAAAAACAUUACAAUAAUACUUGUGUACGGCAUUAGAAAAGCAUAUUAGAAUUGACGAGAUCAUAGUGUUCUACUUCGAAAUGUUUGUCGUUCUGUUUGACAAUAGCCCCGUGGCGGUGCGACCGUGAAUACUGUACUUGGUGACGCCAACAGUGUUGCAAUUAUCGUAUUUUCUUUAAAAAACAAACUGGUAACUGAAUAUUUAUCAUAGAAAUUAAGUCAGUAAAAUAGUGGUGGUAUUUGGGGAGUAUUAAUCAAAGAUCAAUGAUUUUUGUUAUAUUGGAUUUUUUUUUUGAAUUCGUAAAAUCAUGAAGGCGUUCUCGUGGUCGUGCCGGCGUCGUGAGUUUGAUGGAGACUCGUCUUUCCAGUUGUAGGUAAGGUUGGUGUCAGUUGGCGGUUGUGUGACGCUGAGCCUGUUCAUGUAUUUUGUAUGGGAAGUGCUUACACCGGCCACCGCCGAUGUGCAGCCGCGGCUUCCACGCAUCCUCUGUUCCAGUGCGGCCUCGCGACCGAAACAUCGCUACUAGAUCCAUUACGUGACCGCUUUGUUUAAACCCCCAACUAAAACGUCUUUUUGAUAUACGCUUAGUCUUGAAUUCGUAUGAUUUUUAUAAAUCUUGUUUGACGAUAUCUUGAUCAUUAUGAAAGCUUCGGCAUCUGUUACGUCAGCUCAUAUGUUUGCGGUAAAGUUCGUACAAACUUGAUAUUUCAAGAUCAAUAUUCUGAGUUUUUUUAUUGUAAUGUACCUUUUUUUAAAUAAUGUUUGCGAUCAGCGGAUUCUAGAUAAUUCAUAUUCAAUUCUAAAUUUCGGUGCUAGGCGUUUUGAAUUAGUUUUGUCUAUCUGUGAUCUAGUUGCGACGCUUCGGGUCGGACACGUCGCGCCGCGUUCGGUUCGCGAGUGAGCCGCGAGCGACGGUUCGACACGAUCGUGGGCGGUUCUGUUCGGGAGCGAUCGGAGGUUCGAUUCGUCGGUUCGGCGAGCGCGGCGCGAGGUCGCGGCAGUAGCAAUGUGCUUAUAUACUCACUCUCUUACGGACCAAACACAGAAAGGAACCAAUAUUAGCGCAGAACUCAGUAGUGCAAAUCUCGGGUACGUCACGGGCCUACUUUACUGAUGCAGAAUAUCAUUCCAUUGUUAGGUAUUAUCACUUAUGAGAACAUUAUUUUUGUAAACUUUUGAAUGCACAACUGUACCCGCUAUGUCGGAUUAAGGAGAUCAUUUAUUUUGCAUACCUUGCAACCUUUACUGUACUGUCCCCCUCCCCCUCGCCCCUCCCCCGCCCCCCGAUCCCACGAUAACUAUACGUUUUAAGUUAAGCCUCAUGUUAAGCACAAAAUGAUUAAUUACUUGUAAGAGCAUGGAUUCGUUAUGCCAUAUAUACUAUCUUUAAUAUUUUUGUGUUCAUAUUUUUUCUAUAUCACUUUACAAUAACCUUAGGUGUAGCCAUAAGAUGUACUAUUGUAUUGUAUUCAACAACCUUGUUUGAUAUUUAUUUGACGUAGCGAGUUCGUGUCGCCAUUUGACACGGCACUCUUUGAUUUUAUAUUUAAGUGAAGUAACCAAUGUUUGUAUCGAUGUUAUCUUGUAUCGUGCUGUCUGCAGACUGCGUGUCUGUCUGUCAGUCUGUCUGUCUGUCUGUGUGUCUCGCCGCGCCACGCCGCGCCACGCCGCGCCACGCCGUAGGUUCUACUGACAUCAGAUGUAAGAUAUGUGAGUAUAUAAACUUUGUAUACACUCGCGAUUUUGGCGUAAUCAACACUAUACAUAUAUAUACUGUAUAACAUAAUUUAUUAAUAAUAAUAAAAUAAAAAUCUUACUUUUAAGCAUUAGGGCAGUAAUUGUAUCAAUAACAUUAAUGAAUAAUGCAAUUAGACGGUAACCUUUACUAUUGUCAUAGUUAGGUCAUUUAUUUUCAUCUUAUGUUUAUGAUGUAUGUAAAAAGUGAUUACUUAAAUGAAAAUGUAACGCCUACAGAGCGCGGGCCGCAAACAUGUUGCGAAACUCCAACAUAGGCCAAUAAUACAACUGUCGUCGGCGGCCCGCGGCCCGCGGCCCGAGCGACGCUCGCUUCUUGCUAGGUAGGUUUUUUACUGUUAUGUAACAAUAUGUGUAUGUAAAAUCGAACUAAUUAUAUUAUUAGCGCAGUUCUACUCCCGACCGGGGAUACAUUAAGCUUCACUAUACUUUAAAACUUUCCGAGGCGGAGUUAGGACUCGAGUGGUCUCGCUGAGUGUCCGUCGGCGAUUAGUUAGGUUCCAGAAUAUUCCUCAUAUUGCAUUUAAGGGCGACCUUUUGUACUAAGCGAAAGUAGAUCGGAACUUUGUCAAGGGACAUUUCACAGUUCCACGUCGAGUGGCAUUUGUGUAGCCGGCUACCCCUCGAGCGCGUAAACUUAAUGUAUUUUAAUAUGUUUCUCCGCAGUUGGACUUUAACUCGUAUUGCUUAAUUAUUUCGAAUGAAUGGGAUGUAAAUUUUGUACACUGCCGCAUUAUUUAUUCGCUCCAAUCACCUUUAGUUUAUAAGAGUGGUGACUGUCAGGACCGCGACACGACGCCCGCCGACGCUCGCGGGCGACCCUCCCGGUGAUAGUCUCGACGCUCAAAACUACCCAUUGAUUUGUGAGUGACGUGGUUUGUGCAAAAGCUUCUUUUUUGAAGACUGAAAUGUUGCGGCUCAAAUGUUCUCGUGCUUUAUUAGAUUCGCCCCGGGGGUAGGUUAUCGGAGUGUGUUUUAUAAAUUAGCGUUAGUGAAGGCGGCGUAGAUCAGCUUAGUAUCGGUAAGUAACGGCGUCGGAACACUACCCCCGGCUUCAAGUUAGCGACGUUCAAUUGUAUUUCUUUGGACAUUGUAUAAGCUGAAUUUGUCACAAUUGUGUCGAUUUAAUGACGUCAUCACCAUGCUUCAUUCGUAUUUGCCAAAGUUAAUACUAACCUCACUAUUUAUACCUUACUAUAUGUACUUCGAUGGCUAAUUGAUGUGUGAGAAGCGCGGUAUGGGGAGCUCGCCGCCGCGCCGUGCGCCGCGCCGCGCCGGGCGGCGAUGGCGGCGUGGCGUCACUCGUAGCGCGGCGGCCGCUCGCUCCGCGCGGUUCCCGUUUGAACAAACGUUUAAGAAAGUAAAAUUUUUAGUCACUAGUGGGUAAUUUUUGAAUGUGAUUCAAUCUUAUCUUUAUUUUUCUAUAUCGAGUGACAUCUUUAACUUUAUUUGUAUUAUGUUCCAACUUAUAUUUUGUAAUGCAUUUACUGAAAGCGAAAUAUUUAACCAACGAUGUAAUUAAAACAAUAUUUUUCUCUUUUUUGUAUCUCGUCUGCACUGGAAUUUUUUAUUGAAUUUACUAUAAAUGUACUUUUAAGUGUAUAAUUUUAAAUAAUUACUGAAAAUGAUUAUAUUCUAAUUUUUAUGUUCAAAUAAAA